UAAAGCUAUCCGUUCAACCCCUACUCCGGAGCUAAAUGUUCUGGCCAUUCGGGUCACUGGGACUGGCUUAGGUCCUGAAACCACAGCUUAGUUCUCUGCCCUCCACUUACUUCCCUUUGGACCCACCUGAUUCCCCCGGCCCCUAAAAGAUCAUCUCUGGGCAUUGGAACCUGCAAGGCUGCAGCCUCUGUGCGCCCCCUCCCCCCGGCCCCCAGCAGUUUCAUUCCUUUCCCAGCACUGUCUGCAGCCGCUACCCUCACCAGCUGUACUUCUGCAUCUGCCUUCUGGGACCUCCCUCCCUUCCCCACCCAGCAGAACAGUUGGAGCAAACAGGCAGGCUGCCCCAAAGACUGUUGGAACAACUCCACUGAGGAGGAAACCCUUGUUCUCCUCCCUACCUCCGGUCCCAUAAGGCGUCCCCGACUCUCCGCCCCGACCCCCGCUCUCCCCCUAGUUUGCUGAAUCCUGUGAGAGUAAGAGUAUACGGGAGGAUUCUUGAAAGCUUCCAGCUUGCCACCUGGAAGGUCACUUUCUUCUGAGCAGGAGAGAACAGGAGAGGUGGGGUGGCGUGGGCCACAGUUGCUCAGGGAGGGUUGUGGCACCCGGGGCUGGGUGGCUUGCCCUAAGCUUGCUCUGACAAAAGAGUUUUGAGUUGGUUUUUUGGCUGAGCCUGCCAAGGAAGGCAGGCCCCUGCAGGAGUCUUGGAGGGUCGGAUGCAGCGCCCGGAUGAGGAUGAGGCGUGGCGGAAGAUGCGUUUGGCUCUGCAGACACUGACUGCAUCGGGCAGCAGGGGACUCUGGGAGGCUGGUGCAGCCUGAAGGCAUGGCUCUUGACAGCCUUCUAGUAGAAUCUCUGGAAUUGUGCAUCACCCCCUGGGACAGACCAGUUUAGUGUAAAGGGCCUCCAGAGACCCGGUUCUUCCACUGCUCAGAGUAAAUCUGUUCUCUUGAGGAACUGGCCAAGGGCAGAAGAGGAAAGAAACUAACGGGUAUUGAGCACCUACUGUGUGCCAGACCCAGGCCAGGUUCCCCCCACCUCCAGCCAGUCUGUGCAGACUUGUUGCCUGCUGUGUCACCGCGAGCGCAAAGGCUGGGAAGAAGGCCCUUCACAAAAUGGACUGGUGUUGCAGGGUGAGAAGCUGCCCCCUGACUUCAUGCCAAAGCUCGUCAAGAAUCUCCUAGGCGAGAUGCCUCUAUGGGUCUGCCAGAGUUGCCGAAAGAGCAUGGAGGAAGAUGAGAGGCAGACAGGUCGAGAACAUGCAGUGGCGAUCUCCUUGUCACACACAUCCUGCAAAUCCCAGUCUUGUGGGGGUGACUCUCAUUCAUCCUCGUCCUCUUCUUCAUCAUCCUCAUCUUCCUCCUCCUCUUCCUGCCAUGGGAACUCAGGGGACUGGGAUCCCAGCUCGUUCCUGUCAGCACAUAAGCUCUCAGGCCUCUGGAAUUCCCCACACUCCAGCGGGGCUGUGCCAGGCGGCUCGCUUGGGAGUCCUCCUGCCAUCCCUGGUGAGGCUUUCCCUGUCUCGGAGCACCACCAGCACUCAGACCUCACUGCUCCCCCUAACAGCCCUACCGGCCACCCCCCACAUCCAGCAUCUCUGAUUCCUUCUCACCCUGGCUCCUUCAGCUCACCGUCCCACCCACACCUGCUGCCCACCACCCCGGCAGCACCUUUCCCUGCCCAGGCUUCAGAGUGCCCUGUGGCUGCUGCCACUGCCACCCACCCCCCAGGGCCUUGUCAGAGCCCCCAUCUGCCCUCCACCAGCAUGCCACUCCUGAAGAUGCCUCCACCAUUCUCUGGGUGCAGCCACCCCUGCAGCGGGCACUGCGGUGGGCACUGCGGUGGGCCUCUCCUCCCACCACCGAGCUCUCAGCCACUCCCUAGCACUCACAGCAGGGACCCUGGGUGCAAAGGGCACAAAUUUGCACACAGUGGCCUGGCCUGUGAGGCAGAUGAGGGUCUGGGCGAGGAAGAGGAUAGCAGCUCUGAGCGCAGCUCUUGCACCUCGUCCUCCACCCACCCACGCGAUGGGAAGUUCUGUGACUGCUGCUACUGUGAGUUCUUCGGCCACAAUGCGCCACCCGCUGCCCCGACGAGUCGGAAUUAUACUGAGAUCCGGGAGAAGCUCCGCUCGAGGCUGACCAGGCGGAAAGAGGAGCUGCCCAUGAAGGGGGGCACCCUGGGCGGGAUCCCUGGGGAGCCAGCGGUGGACCACCGAGAUGUGGAUGAGCUGCUGCAAUUCAUCAACAGCACGGAGCCCAAAGUCCCCAACAGCGCCAGGGCCGCCAAGCGGGCCCGGCACAAGCUGAAAAAGAAGGAAAAAGAGAAGGCCCGGUUGGCAACAGACGCUCUGAAGCAGGUGAAUCGUGUUUCUGGAAGCCAGGAGCUAAGGCCUGCCAGGGAGAAGCUCCUCGACUGGCCUGACCAGGAGCUGGACCGAGUCAAUAGCUUCUUGAGCAGCCGCUUGCAGGAGAUCAAGAGUACUGUCAAAGACUCCCUCUGUGCCAGUUUCAGCAUGUGCGAGCUCAGCGUGGAUAGCAGUGGCUUUAAGGAGGGGGCUGUGGAACCUCAGCCCCAGACUCUAACCCCUUCAGACCUCAACGGCUCCUCUGAGCAACAGCCUGAUAUCAAUCUUGACCUGUCCCCUUUGACUUUGGGCUCCCUUCACAGCCACACAUUACAAGCUCCAAGUGAGUCAGUUGCACCAUGGGCAGAAGGAAGAGACCCUCACCCACCAUGGACAGAGGUGAGGGGCCCCCCUCCUGGUAUCCCUGAGAAUGGGCUCGUGAGAAGACUCAACACUGUGCCCAACCUGUCCCGGGUGAUCUGGGUCAAGACGCCCAAGCCAGGCAACCCUAGCUCUGAGGAAAGUUCAAAGGAGGUCCCCAGUAAGAAACAGGAACUGUCUGAGCCUGUGGCCACAGGUGGGAAGCCAAGAAAGAGCAAGAGACAGGGAAGUCAAGCAAAGAAGAGUGAGGCGGGUCCAGGCCCCUGGCCUCCAGCCAACCUAGAGGCUCCCAGUGCCAAGAGCCAGAUAUCUAGCCCCAAGCAGCCAGGCAAGGGCCCAGAUCCUGCCAAAGUGGGUAACUGUGCAGAACCUGGAGAGGACAGCCGGGGGAGCCGGCCAGGACCAAGUUGGGCUGACAACCCCAAAAUUGAGAAGAAGGGUAGUUCCUGGCAGAAUUGGCCGGGUGAGGCCAAGGCUCGAACUCUGGAGCAGGAAUCUGUGCAGACCCCAGGCCUAGCAAGGCCACAGAGCUUGUCCCAGGGCAAGGGCCGCAGCCGCCGGAGCCGCAAACAAGAGAAGUCAGCCUCCUCCUUGGACGAUGUGUUCCUGCCCAAGGACAUGGAUGGGGUGGAGAUGGAUGAGACAGACCGAGAAGUGGAGUACUUCAAGAGGUUCUGUUUGGAUUCUGCAAAGCAAACUCGUCAGAAAGUUGCUGUGAACUGGACCAACUUCAGCCUCAAGAAAACCACUCCUAGCACGGCUCAGUGAGAUGGAGACCUCAACUGCCCUGCCCAGGUCAACUUCUCCAGGUCAUCUCAAGGCCCCAACUCAAGCUGCAGAUGUAGUUUCUUCUCCGUGUGCCCUUCUACCUGUCUUGACCCUCCCUGCUCCCACCACCCUGACCAACCAAAAGCUGAAUGGAUGCCAUGCUGUGCUGGGGCCUUACAGGACCUCAGCAGAGCCGCUUCCUGGUGCUACGCAGCCUCCACACUCAGAGCCCAGGGAAUGGGCUGGCCUGUGAGCCAAGGGCUGAUGGUACUGCUGGCCCAACACUGCUCUCUUUGUGUUUUGUUUUGUUUGUUUUGUUUUUUUAAUUCUUUACUUUUGAUACUGUGAAUAUCUUUCAUGCAGAAAGAUAAAACAACAUUUGGACACAGA